AUUUAUCUUUUUUAGUUGGUUCUUGGUUUAAAAAAAGCUUAAAAAUCUUUUACCGAAUAUUUCAAGGUUUGAAUGAUUAUAACAUUGGCGGUUUCCUCUCUGUGGUACUAGCAGCGCAUCAGGCCUAGCUGUGAGCCGGCCAUGGUACCAAGCAGUCGUCAGAGUUUUGCUGCUUGAGGCUGAAUGCGCACUGCAGAGUGAAAAAGGUCGGAAGUUGGAUGGUCUGUUUUGCUGCUUCAUGUCUAUUUACAGUUCAGUUCCAACGACUGGCAUUGGACCGUUCCUCAGUUAAGUUUCCAAUAAUGAGACCAAGUUAGUCGUCAAAGCACUGGCUCAGAAAGAAAAUAAGGAACAAUCCUACGCGAAUUCUGUGAUAGUGAUGAAAAUAUCCAAGAAUAUUGUUUCUUGCAGAAUCUUAAUGUUAUGUUGCCUACAGGCUGGAGCUGGAAAGAUAUAGGACAUUUCUUUCUAACUAGUUAAAGAAUAAAGAAGGAUGAUGAAAAGGGUGGUCGUGACUGCAGUCAAGCCCUGUCUCAAAAGUUUCCAAUGUUGCACACUGCCUUUCCCUGGUUGCUUGCGAUUAGGGAGCGAUAGCGACGAAUAUCUUCUUGGAAAAACGAUGGCUCGGGAACCCAUUAUUUUAAAUGUCUAUGAUAUGUAUUGGACAAACGAUUACACAACUUCUAUUGGCCUGGGAGUUUACCAUUCAGGAGUUGAGGUUUAUGGCCAAGAAUAUACUUAUGGAGGUCAUCCGCAUUCAUUCCCUGGUAUAUUUCCUAUUUCGCCUAGGAAGGCUUCAGAAUUGGGAGACCAGUAUAAGUUUAGACAAUCAGUGCUAAUUGGGUACACUGAUUUUACUGAGAGUGAUGUCAAAAGGAUAAUAGAUGAGCUCGGAAAGGAAUUCAGAGGAAAUCAAUACCACCUCAUGCACAAAAACUGUAAUCAUUUUUCUUGCGCCUUUACUAAGAUUCUCUGCGAAGAGGAGAUUCCAUCGUGGGUAAAUCGGUUGGCUUAUUUCAGUACUCGAGUCCCAUUUCUUCAACGUUGUCUUCCAAGAGAAUGGCUAACUCCGAACGCUCUUCAAUAUACCAUCUCUCAAAGGGAAAACACCAAUGAUCCUAGUCCAUUAUAACAUGAAGUUAGAGAAAAGAAAGAUUAAAUUUAAUAACAAACAACAACAAAAAUUUGUGCCUCGAUAUUUCUCUUAUUCAUUCCUGAGUUUUUAGAUUACAAGUUGAACAAAAGACAUACAAUGCUCAUUCCCAUAAUGUUUGGGAUACAUUUUGUCAACAGAGCACAAUCUGAAUUAGGUAACUUGGGUUUGAAUUAUAUAUGUGGCAUUUACUUAUUUAUUAUUUUAUAAAUUGAAAUCUAUUGUAUUUUCCAAUUUGGAGAAGCAAAUAGAAAAACUUUUAAGCACAAUUGUUUGCAAGAAUUUUAUAAAAAUUUAAUUUAAAACAAAUGUUAGAUAAACAAUAAAUUUAAAUAAAUAACGUCCUGCAUUGUGUUUGUACAUUGCCAAAGAAAAUUAAAAUUAACUAUAUAAAUAUAUAUUACAAAUAUAUAUUACCAAAGAGUUAUAUUUCUUGUUGUUUAUUUACCAUUGUUCUACGACUGUUUUUAAUAAACUUAAAUUUAUUCAAAUAAGACUUUUUAAAUUAACUGUAUUAUGUAAAUAGAUAAUUAAAGUAUAAGUUUUUAUAUAUGCAUACUGUGAAAAGAAAACUAAUGUAAGAUGUGGACAUGAGUAAUAGAUGAAAAAUCGGUUGAGAGUGCUUCUUUUUUUCUUUUUUGUCUUUCUAAUAUUUGUUACAUUACUGUCUCAACACAUAAAAUUGACGUAAGUUAAAAUCCAAAAUUUAUGUUGUGACGCAAUAACUUGACAGGUUUUAUUUUAAUAAACACAUUUGUGUAAUGUGUUAGACAACACAAUAAAUUUAUUUUAUAAUCUG